AUGGAAACUACUGACGUUAAUGCAGACCAAAUUCAGUUGAAUGGAUCAGCAAAUGUGUCUGACAUAACUGCAGUGACUAUUUCAUAUCUAUUUUGUAUUUUUGGUGGCUCUUUGUCAGUUCUCAUAAUGUUUGGAAACCUACUUGUAAUAAUCUCCAUUGUUUACUUCAAACAGCUCCACACUCCUACAAACUUCCUGAUGCUCUCUCUGGCUGUGGCUGACCUGCUAGUUGGACUUUUAGUUUUGCCUUUCAGUGUCGUGCUCUUUGUGAGGUCAUACGGGUCUGGUCAAGACUUGCUCUGUACUAUACGAGGCAGCAUAGACAUGAUACUGUGUAAUUCCUCCAUUUUGAAUCUUUGCAUCAUUUCUGUUGACAGAUAUUAUGCAGUGUGUCAUCCUCUGACGUAUAGAGUUAAAAUUAAUAGCCGCAUUGUUUGGAUCAUGAUCCUGGUGUCCUGGACUGUUUCUGUUCUGAUUGGAGUUGGACUCGGACUCUCACAGAACCAAAACCAAUCGAACAAUAGGUGUACUUUAUCUCCGAAUAAGAAAAAAAGCUCAUUCAUCAUGGGUGCUAUUUUUACAUUUUUUAUUCCAACCUUGAUGAUGUCUUCAAUCUACUUAAAGAUUUUGAUGGUGGCACAGAAACAGGCACGCAGCAUCCAGAAAACAACCAAGUCUGGUUCAACUGUCAGUAAAGUAGAGAGAAAGGCGACUAAAACUCUGGCUAUUGUGAUGGGGGUUUUUCUGAUGAGUUGGACGCCUUACUUUCUGUGCAUCAACUUAAAUCCUGUGAGCAACUACACAAUACCACUUCAUGUACUACAAGCAUUCAAGUUACUCGGAUGGUCAAACUCAAUGUUGAAUCCAUGUGUUUAUGCUUUCUUUUACAGCUGGUUUCGAUCAGCUUUUAGGAUGAUCAUUACUGGGAAAAUAUUUCAAGACGACAUUUCUAAUUCUAAACUGUCUUGAAUCAUUAUUUCUUUCCCAUGAUUGACACGUGAACAUUCAAAUCUGGCACUAAGGAUCAACAUAUUAUUUCUUAGAUCUCUGUAUUUAGGUUGAAGCAUGUCUGUUUUUGCAAAACUUCUUGACCUCUGCAUACUAUGACCUUGAGGUUUUCUGUUUUUAACACUUUUAACACUGACGGGUCCAUGGAUCUAUACACCUAAUAUUUCUAUAUAUUUAUGUAAUGUUAUUACUAUGUAAGUUGUUUUAUUUGGAUUCUG